AUGAAAAAUCUAUUGAUUUUCAUCGUUGUUUCCACGUCAAUUAUUGGAUUAGCUUCAUUACAACAAGUUGAUCAUAAAAUAGUCAAAUGUCUUGUAUGCAAAAAUACUGUCCAAGAAAUGGAAGAUGCCAUUUCCAAAAUCGAUCCAAAAAGAGUCGUUGAAGUUAACGGCUUUCGAAUCGAUGAUCAAGGCAAUCUCAUUACCAAAACUGCCAAAUACAGCAAAUCAGAGACAUAUCUCACCGAACUAAUGGAAACAGUUUGUUCGACAAUGGACAACUAUGUUAAAGUGACAAUAAAGAAGACCGUCAAAUUGGAUCUUCUGAAGAUGACCGCAGAAGACGGAAGUAUGAAUACGAUGAUGUCAGAAGUCGACUUUAUUCAAGAUGGUGACUUGAAUAAAAGUCUGCCGCAUUAUUGCCUUGAAUUGUUAGAAGAUCAAGAAGAGGUUUUCCUUAAAGCUUUCAUGAGUGAAACUUUAGAAAGUGAUUUGGAUAUUAGAAUAUGCUCGCAGAUGACAAACAUUUGUAAAGAUGCACCAAUUCAGGAGGAUUACCAGUUGGAAGAGGAUGAUUCCAAGGAUGAAUUAUAA